CGAUUGUCUGCCGCACGUGAAUGGUGCACGCGUGAGAACCAGGCUGGUUUUAGGCCUGGUCGAGAUGUGAAGGAGGAGAAUGUUGACCGCCGUUUGGCUGAAGCGACAGAAAUCGAUGAAGAUUUACCGGGGUUGGGACAAUACUUUUGUGUGUCCUGUGCAAAAUACUUCAUUAAUCAGCACACAUUAGAUACCCAUCGAAACAGCAAACCACACAAACGUCGAUUAAAGGCGUUAGAGGACACACCACACACGCAGGAUGAUGCCGACCGUGCUGCCGGUCUCACAAAAGAAGGUCCUCACUCGGCCACGAAGCGCCGUCGGACCAGUUCGCCUCCUUCCGUCCCUAUCCCAGCAGAACAUGUUGAACCGGCCUACAUAUUCGCUGGAUAG